AUGUCCCUCCCGGACAAGUAUGACAGGACUCCAUCCAAAUGCCGUGGCUACCUACUCCAGUGCUCCCUCUAUUUCGCCCAUCUCUCCUCGCCCUUCUCCUUUGGCCAUCCUGCGGCAGAGCGUGAACCCAUGGAGGUAUGGGCCAAACACCUCUCUUUUGCAGAGCGGUGUCGCCGGAGACAUGGGACUGUGUUCCUAUUGCGGCCAGGAGGGGCACCAGCUUCAGCGGUGUCCGAUGCAUCCCAACCCAGGAUGCACUGGAGCAGAGAGGCGGAUGUGGACAUCCGCCAGGCUUUGGAGAGGGAACCCACACCUGCUACCUGCCAUCCUGAGUGCAUCUACAUCCCCACGGGGUUACGAGACCGACUGUUGACCUGGGCGCACACAUCUCUCGCCGCUGGACACCCAGGUAUCACCCACACCAUUCAAUCCAUCUCCGCAAAGUACUGGUGGCCCACCAUGGCACAGGACGUCGCCCACUAUGUCAACUCCUGCUCCGUCUUCCAGCAUUAUGGCCUUCCGGAGGACAUCGUCUCCGAACGUGGACCCAAAUUCACGUCGCGGGUCUGGAGAGCCUUCGUGGAGAAGCUGGGGCCACGGCCAGCCUCACAUUCGGGUACUGGCCUUAGUCCAACUGGCAGGUGGAGAGGACCAACCAGGAGCUGGGUAGGUUCCUUGGGAGUCACUGCCAGGAGCGGCAGGUUUCCUUCACUGGGCGGAGUACGUCCAGAACUCCCUUCAUCACUCCUCCACAGGGCUGACUCCCUUCCAGUGCGUCCUGGGAUAUCAGCCAGCCCUGGCCUUGUGGACCCCGAGCCAGACCAAAGCCCCUGCGAUGAGUGGUUCCGGCAUUCAAAGGAAGUUUGGAACGCUGCCCACGUGAGGCUCCAGCGCGCUGUCCGCUACCAGAAGGAGCAGGUGGAUCGCCACCGCAAUGAGGCUCCCGUGUUCCAUCCUGGUGAUUGCGUCUGGCUCUACCAAGAACCUCUCGCUCCACCUGCCCUGCCGGAAGCUGAGCCCCCAGGCUGGUGGUUCCUGGUCCCCUGGCUGAUGCCAUCCCCCGUGACACCCCUCCGCUUCCCCUGGACAUCGAUGGGACCCCCGCCUAUGCCGUCUAGUCCCUACUGGACCCCUGAUGUCAUGGGGGUCGGCUUCAGUACCUGGUGGACUGGGAGGGGUACGGUCCAGAAGGAGAGCUGUUGGGUCCCGGUGGCUGACAUCCUGGACCCCAACAUCGUCCCGGAUUUCUAUCUCCGCCAUCCGGAACGGCCCGCUCCUUGCCCUCGGGCCAGUACUAAUGGCCGGAGUCAUCCUGCGGCUGGAGCUGCAUGUUGUGGAGAGGUACUGUCACGUCUACUCCCGCUCCCCAUCUUCAGCGCACAACAUGGCCGAUCUACUAACUCUUUGAUUUAACUAGGGUGGAAGUUAAUCAACAAUAUAUACAACUAUAAUAAUAGUGUUAUUAAAAAUAGCAUAAAAUAAA